AUGGCUUGUCAUCAAGAAAGUGUCAAGGAUACGAUCUCAAGCGGAGGCCGGGUUUUGGAGGAAUAUCUACCCAUCCCUGGGAAAGACAACCCUAACUGGAGCCCCAAUUCGCUUGAUACCUCCGAUACAGCGGUCAAAUACAUCGAAACAGUAUCCAACGCCAAUUUCCAUAACAAUCUUGCAAUCAGACCGGGGCAUUGCCUCAACAAAGUAAACACGAUUAGCUUCACUAUGUACGUCGAUGGUCACCGCAUGGGAGGACGUGUUUACAACGAAGCAGAUUACAAAGGCGAGAAGGGGAACUUUUAG